UGUGGGUUUUGUUUGGCCCAAAAUUUAUUAUGUUUUGUGGAUGGCGGAGUGAAAAGGAAAAGAAGCUUCCUGUCUUCAUUCUCAACGGACCAGAUUCUCUCUCUCUCUUUUUUUUUCCUCAGUGUGAAAGUAAAAGUCCUCGGUUCUGUUACAUGGAGUUUUCCUUUUGAGAGAGUGAAUUUUGAAGUUGGGGUUUUGGUGGGUUUGAGGUUGUUUUUUUUUCUGUUUGAUAAUGCUUAAUCCAGACCAGGAAGAGCAAGAUCAGAGAACAAAUUCUGGCAUGGAAGACUCAUCUACAAUGACUAUUGAAUUCCUUCGGGCAAGAUUGCUGUCAGAAAGAUCUGUCUCAAGAAGUGCAAGGCAGAGAGUUGACGAACUGGCAAAAAGGGUGGCAGAAUUGGAGGAACAGCUAAAGAUUGUGUCUCUUCAACGAAAGAGAGCUGAGAAGGCAACAGCAGAUGUUCUUGCCAUUUUGGAAAGCCAAGGAUUAAGUGAUGUUUCUGAGGAAUAUGAUUUGAGCUCAGACGAAGAAACUUCCCAUGAAUCCAAAGCAGUUCAUAAGUCUACAACAGAAGAGGAGCACUGCUCUUUCAAUUCAAAAGUCAGACAAAAUAAAUCAGGGGAUCUUUCAGGUUCUGACCUUGAUUCUUCUCCAGUACGUGGAAGAAGCUUGUCUUGGAAAGGCCGCAAUGAUUCUCCACGUUAUUUUCAGAAGUACAAGGACUCUUCUAUGAGAAGAAGGAGCAGUUUGGCUUCCACAGAUUCUUCUUCCCCAAAACAUCACUUAGGUAAAUCAUGCCGCCAGAUAAGACGCAGAGAGGCAGGAUCUGUUGUUGAGGAGUUUAAAACAAAGCCUGUGAAGGUUGGUUCUGAAGAAAAUGGAGUGGCCACCUCUUCAGAAGGUUUUCCAAUUUGCUCAAAUGGUGGGCUGAAAGAAGGUUCUAAAAUCCAAGAGAAAGUUGUACAAGAUGGUCCACUUCCAAGUUGCUUAGAAAAUCAUAGGAACGUAGGAGAUAAUGACCUUGAUUGCAAUGGAUAUGGAAGAGACAGAGAUAUGGAAAAAGCACUAGAAGAUCAAGCACAACUCAUUGGCCAAUAUGAAGAAAUGGAAAAAGCUCAAAGAGAAUGGGAAGAGAAGUUCAGAGAAAAUAACAGUAGUACACCGGAUUCCUGCGAUCCUGGAAACCACUCAGAUGUCACUGAGGAUAGAGAUGACAUCAAGGCACAAGCUCCCCACCUGGCUGAGGCAGUCGCCUCCUAUGCUGAAGAGGAAAAGUCAGAGGUGAGAGAUGUUUGCUUCCCUAAAGAAUUGUCCAAAGCUCAGCCCAAUGGUGUUCUGCAACCUUCAAGUGUCAAUAUGGGAGGUACACAGCAUCAGAAUAACAUGAAUAGCUUCGCUUCUGAAUCUUCCACUCAAGAAUUUGCAUUCCCUAUGGCGAAGGAGAAGCAAAAUGAAGAGAGACAAGAAACCUACCAUUAUAAAUAUUCACAUAACUUGCAUAAUGAGCCACACUCACAUGGUUCCCCUGGAAACCAGUCGGUGCAUUCAACUUCAUCUGUUGCUGGGAGUAGUUUCCAAAAGGGCAAUACUUCAGGGAGCCGAAAUGACCACUAUGCAUUGGUGCCACAUCAACCAUCUGAUCAUUUGAGUAGUGUGCUGGAUUCACUUAAACAAGCAAGGGUAUCACUGCAAAAUAAAUUUAAUCAGGUGCCUUUAAUUGAAGGAAGAUCUGUUGCUAAACCUUCUGUCCCUGCCAUGAACCCUGGGGACAGGAUGGAGAUUCCUGUUGGAUGUGCUGGGCUUUUUAGGCUGCCAACCGAUUAUUCAGUGGAAGCUAAUAUGCAAGGCAACUUCCUUGAUUCAGGCUUGAGUACCACAAACUAUUAUCGCAACAAAGGAGUUGCAAUAACUGCAGGUGAUCGAUUUGUCACCGGUCCUUACUUGGAGACUAGAUCUGAUAUUUCUACAUCUGAUCCAUAUUUCACCAGUCGGACGUUGUCAAGAUAUUCUUCUGAGAGGCCACGAUUUGAUCCCUACAGGGAUACAGUCCUAUCGUCUUCCACUAGAUACACAAAUUCAACCCAGCCCUCUUAUCCAUCCUAUCCCACCUAUACUGGAACAAUGCCAAGGAUGCCCCCUAGUGAAGGAUUUUCGCGAACUUUUUCUAGUCGGACAGUUGGGGUACCUCCUGCUGAUAACAUGUUUUAUGAUGGUCAUGGUAGAUCCAAUAUGUAUAUGUAGUAGCUUACCAUAAAUAAUCAAUUAGGUUGUUAAAAUUACAGGUUCACCACUAAGAUUACAGCAUACAUGUUUUGUAGUGUAAUAUUGUUGUAAUGAUGUGCCAUAAAAGUCCAUAUCUGUACCUCUCUUUGGAUUCAGAAUGGAAGUGAGACAGUUUUCCACUUUGUAUAGAGGUAGGGACCAUAUUCUCGUUUGUGUAUCUUGUAUCUUUUUCUCUCUUUUUUCCCUAUCUAAAUUUCUGCUCAGAAACAUUCUGUAUUUCUUUUCAGUCAUCAUUUUUCUUCCCCUCUAUGUUUGGGGGAUAAAACAAAUUCCGAUAUGUCAAAUGUUGGGUAUUCAAUAAA